AAUUCCCUGAGAGGUGAGGCGCUGCCUCCACCACCACCGCCGUCCCCACCGCCGCCGCCACCACCACCACCACCACCUUAUACUGUACAAAUAAUCCCUUGGCCUCGGCCGUUAUAGCCUCUUACUCAAAAAUCAGUUUUUACCCUUUUCUGUUGCGUAGUCGUAGUUUUGGGCCAGGGGUUCUAUUCGGUAUAUGUAGAGAAGUCAGUGGGCGAAACCGAGCGUCGAGCGGUCGGCCAUGGCUUCCUCUUCUUCUGUAGCUUCCGCGAGGAAGGACGCGGAUCGGAUCAAGGGGCCGUGGAGCCCCGAGGAGGACGAGGCGCUGCAGAGGCUGGUCCAGAGCUACGGCCCCCGCAACUGGUCCCUGAUCAGCAAGUCCAUCCCGGGGCGGUCCGGCAAGUCGUGCCGACUCCGGUGGUGCAACCAGCUCUCGCCCCAGGUGGAGCACCGCCCCUUCACCCCGGAGGAGGACGAGGCCAUCGUCCGCGCCCACGCCAGGUUCGGCAACAAGUGGGCCACCAUCGCUCGCCUCCUCAACGGCCGCACCGACAACGCCGUCAAGAACCACUGGAACUCCACCCUCAAGCGGAAGUGCUCCUCCGCGUGCUCGGCCGGCGGCGACGACGCCGACGCCCUCGCGGAGCAGCAGCCGCUCAAGCGGUCGGCCAGCCUCGGGACGCCCACGGGCGGCAACAACGCCGUCUCCGAUCUGUUCUUCAGCCCGAGCAGCCCCUCGGGAUCGGACCUGAGCGACUCGGGCUUGCCGGUGGGGAUGCCCUCGCCGCGCGUGUUCCGCCCCGUGGCGAGGACGGGGCCGAUCAUGCCCGCGCUGUCGGGCCAGCACGCCGACGCGUCGUCGUCUACCACCACGGAUCCCCCGACUCUGCUCAGCCUGUCUCUGCCCGGAUCCGAUAUGGCCGAGGUCUCGAACCACGGAUCGGCUUCCGGGUCCGUACCGACCCCCGACUCAAGACCCAGCCCUACCCUAUUCUCAGCCAGGACCCAGACGAUGCAGGCGACGCCCCCUCCUCCCCCGCCGCCGCUACCGCCGCAGCCCCCGAUUCAUCAUCUGGGUCACUACGGCGAUAGGAUGGAGGCAGCGGCUGGGUACGAGAAGCAGUUCUUCAACGCGGACUUCAUGGCGGUGAUGCAGGAGAUGAUACGGAAGGAGGUGAGGAGCUACAUGUCCGGGAUCGAACAGGGCGAGGCCGUUCGGAAUGUGACCGUUAAGCGCAUCGGCGUUAGCAAGAUCGACUAAGACAAAAUGAUAAAAAGAGAUUAGUAAGGGACCAUCUCAGGUUUUAUGUUGUCGAUCAUCUUCACUAAUGAUCGAAGCACAAGAACUCGUCAAAUCGGCGCUAGAGAGGGAGAGGGAGAGAGAGAGAGAGAGAUCAUCGUCGGUUCGUUUUAGUCCAGCGUUUUUUUAUUUUAGUCUUUUCCUUAGUUUCGUAUCAUCUACACAGAUGGUAAUAACUUGGGUGGAGGGGUUGUAUAUAAAGGGGAAGGGAAGAGGAGAAUGGGAGGUGGGUUUUGUCGGAGAUAGAAUGGAUCGGUUGAGGAGGACGAAAGAAAAGCCAUGAAGAAGAAGCAGCAGCAAGCAAGCAAGCAAGAGCAAGCGACGUAAUUCCCGAAUGUGAAAAAUCAAGAACACAAAGAACAAAAAAAAAAAAAAAAAAAAAAAGAGAAAUAUUUCCAAGGAAUUGUCAUUCCCCUUUCUGCUUUCGUGACGUGCUCGUUUUCCCCUUCCAUCCGUA